AACGCCCAGUAGCCGAUGCAGAAGAAGCAAUAGUUGUGGAGAGCAGCAUGAUGGGCGCGCUGCCGCCAUGUUACCUAGAGAGAAAAAAAUAGUGCUUCUUUCUGCAUUAGGCAUAGUUAGUCUCUCCCUUUAUUUCAUCCCCUCUUUUCUAUACAUUAUUUUAACUCUCGCCCUUUGUGGAGGUGCGUCCCUUCUGCGCCGCAGAACGCCGCUUCCCGCCAGAUUAGGCCUCAAUCCUCGGGCUGGAUUUAAUGCUCGGGCUGGCUACCUGCGCCGCUUUUGGGACUGGUGGGUGAGCGACGUGUCGGUGGUGUCGCGGCGGUGGACCAAGACCGACGUCGGCAGACGUGAGCCACGCGGGUCGUCACUGGAGGCUUUCAGACAAAGACGGGCCGACGCUGCGAUCUAUCGCGGGGGGCACUUAGCUAGCGACACGUUUCUUUUUAGCCCCGGGGACUUUCUCAUGGGGAGCUACAUUGGCAAACCGGAAGGUCCGACUGGCGAUUUUGGGAGGCCCAGAGUGGUCCGCAACCCCUGUGAGCAACUGCGGGAAAAGUUAUCCAGACCCAAUCAUGCUGUCUGCACCCCGAACCGGAGGCUGUCAUUUGCCGGGGAGCAGUCUGGCCCAAUGGGACACUUCACUAUCACCCCACAGCGGCACUAUCCGCUUCAUCAGCCGGGCGCCUCCUCGCUGGGGGUCCUGCCGCCCGUCAGGUGGGACGGCUUCAGGAAGAAGAGCAUCCUCACGCCUCGAAAUUCACCGGCUACUCAGAGCCCCGUCACUGUCAAGAUCGCCCGGCCCGACCACAACAGCGCCAGUUUGGAGCACCUAAGUUGCGCCGCGGUGCCCAGGGCCCCCAUGGACCCCUGCUCCAGAGAGAGCGUCCUCAAGGUGUUGAAGGAUAGCCGCAAGAGAGAGGUCGAUGAUGCAGACAGAAGCUUUAAUGCUGAGCAGAGAAGCAAGAGAAGGCGUAACGACAGUGGAGGAAGCGCUCAUUCAGCUUUUGAGCCCCUCUUGCCCAAUGGAGCGCCAUCACAACUGGUCCCAAAGCCCGGAAGCCUAAAACGAGGGAUGAUCACAGUGGCAGAGGACUCCACCUUCAAGAGGUCCCGCACCUCUUCCAUCAGCUCUGCCAGUGGAGGUCAUGCACCGAGAGGGACGCUGGGUUCCAAGAGAAACCCCAUCCAAAGUUCUUACAGCUCUACAGUGGGCCUCAUGCAAUUUAAGAAGCCAUCUGCGCCGAGCUCGCCGAUUUCCAGCCCAGGUUCGUCUCGGUCCCAGACACCAGAUGGAGUUGCCAAGAAACAGAGAGAGGAUGACGGCCUUUCCCCCAGCUCGGCGUCCUCGGUGCGAUCAGAAAGGGCCGCAUCGGACAAAGCACCUGAUACAUCCAAACAGACUCCAGUCCUCAAAGUCCCAGUCACAACCUCAACAAACUCCGCCGGUAGCGGUGGAAAGCGAAAACGUAAGAUCCAGCUGGUUUCCAGCAACCGGGAUGACCAAAUCUCACUGCCCCCGCCACCUGAGCUGGGUUACACUAUCACUGUGAAGGAUCUGGAUGAAGAGAAGAAGGCUGCCAUCAGCAAGAUUCAAAAGGUCCUGGAGACACCUGUUCCCGAACCCGAGAAGUCCUCCCCCUCAUUGACCUCCACCGUGCCCGCCUCGUCGACCACCAGCACCGUCUCCAGCACCCUCACUCUGAGUAGCCUGUUGGCGGCCCCUCUGCCCAAAACCUCCAGCCCUGCCUCCCCGGUCAUCAACUUGGAUCCCAGUCCCGCCCCUGCAGUCUCGAACCCACUCCUGGUGGCUCUGAAGAUGAAGAGUCCUCUGAGCUCUGCCUCUGCUGCCAGCACCACCACAGUUCCUGCAUUGGGCUUGCUGCAACGCCCCAGUAUCUCAAGCCUCAAAACGCUGACCUUAACGGACGUCCUGAAGCAAUCGCCCACCUCCCAGUCACAGCCCCCUUCUGCCGGCGUGGAUCAGCCCUCUGCCUUUACUCAAGUCUUGGGCCAGGUUUCCAAGCCCAUCAGUAGCACUCCGUCACUACCAGCAGCGGGCUUGUUCGGAGCAUUGAGCCAGAAUGCCAUUCCUGCCGCAUCCUCUGCUUCUACCCCCGCACCGGUCACCACUGCGGCACUCAUUCAUUCUAACCCUCUGCUGGCCUCGGGGUUCAAACCCAUCUUUGCUGUCGCCACCACCACCUCUACCCCAUCAACUAUAACAGCCCCAGAGAGCAAACCCCCACUCCAAAGCUUCAAGCCAAUUUUUGGAAGUAGCCCUGCCGGGGCUGGCUUCACUACACCACCUAAUACAACCUCCACCACAACAUCCACAACCAUCUCUUGUGCCGCAGGGAGCGGCUUUGCGCCGCCACCUUACACAACCUCUACUGCAAAAUCUGCGAUGGUUUCUUUAACGUCUACGAUAUUUGGUGCCUCAACAAGCAGCAUUGUUACCUCGCCUCUCUUCUCUGGAUUGACUUCCACUGCUGCGGCUACCAUCGGCUCUACCACCAGCACGACCCCUGCAGCCCAGCCAGCUGUAAAAUCCAUCUUCGGAACCUGGUCGGCGCAACCCUCAGCUAGCGCGAGUACCACAUCAGCGCCAGCUCCUACGACAGGAUUUCAGUUUGGACCCACAGCCGCCACAACUCCAACACCCGCAGCCGCUGUCACGGCUCCCGCUGUCACAACCUCCGGUAACGCCUUCACAUUUGGAGCUUCACAGCCAACCUCUCAAGUCGCCAGCCAGAAGGUGUUUGCCUUUGGUCAGACCGCAGUCAGCCAGAACACAACCACCGCUUCGUUUGGAGGUUUUGCGAUUGCCGCCGCUAUGCCCGCAUCCACAGUCACCGCUGCUAAUACUGCUGCCGCCACCACGACACAGUCAACGUUCACUUUUGGAAAGCCAUCAUUUCAAGCCCCGGCACCCCAGUCGACCUUCAGCUCCACGGCCGCCGCACCUAAACCCUUUACCUUCGGGGGCAGCGCAGCAACAACUGCACCUGCGUCCAACUCUUCGGCGACGCCUUUCAACUUUGCGGGAGCUGCUACUGCUGCCACAGCACCAUCCAAUUUUGUGACGCCAAGCAAACCAGCAUUUGGGGGCGGCUCCACCGCCUUCAAUUUCGGCGCCACCACCACACCCUCGGUGGCACCAAGCUUCGGCCAGGCUGCUCAGAGUCAGAGCACGCCAUCCUUCACGUUUGGCAGCACGGCUCCUCAGCAGACCCCCUCGGGCCCUGCGCCACCAGCAUCUGGCGGGUUUAACUUUGGCGCUGCCAUUUCACAAACACAGUUCGGAACACCUGUCGCCAAUAAUCCUGCGCCGCAGAUGGGAGGCUUCAAUUUUGGGGCUGCAGGCACAUCCACACCAUCUUUCGGUCAGACCCCUGCUGCAGCCGCCGGUCCAAUUCCAUUUGGAAGUCCCAGUACACCGGUCCAGGCUUUCAACGCUGUUCCUUUUGGUUCCCCUCCUUCCUUCUCCAUUGGGGCGGGCUCAAAGCCAACCGGGGCGCGGCAGAGAUUGCAAGCGCGGAGGCAGCACAACAGGAAGAAGUAACCUCACACCGGUUGAACUUUUGAGAGGAUUUAGGAGUUGCUGUUAUGGCUUCCCAGUCUCUCCAAACAAGACUGCCACCAAAGCCCUCGGCUUGCCUCGUUGGCGCAGGAUGUAAAAAGCUGCCUGGAUGACUCCCUGUGCUCAGAAGACUGAAUCCGCAUGUGGUUGAGGGAAAGAACAAAUUGAGUGAAAUCAUAUCCACUGUUGUUUUGGACACUCCUGUAGGACGUGAUCCAAAGGAGAAUGGAGACAAAACAAUUUAUUUUUUUACGCAGACUGAUUCGUACCUUCGCAGACCUUGUCCGUGCAAAGUUUGGACAGAUGAUGGCAGGGUCACGUGCAAACAGAGAAGGAUACACAAAGGUGUUGACCAGUUUUCAUUUUUUAAAUUAUUUUUUUAACUGCCGCCUCCCCGUGUACGCGACCGCAAUGUCUGCACAAAAAGGACAAUUUAGUAGAUGGGUUUGAUUGCUUCGCCAUAGUUUGUGCUUGUUCUUUGCAAACAUUCCCAAAAGUCCUCCAAGAGAUUUUUUUUUUUAGAAGUGAUUCAUAAACAACCCACAGACCCGAUCCAGUUUUCACCUCACCAUGCAAUACUGGAUAAUACAUAAACAUUUUGUCAAUUGUUGCGUCACUUUAAAUGAAGUGCUGCUCAGAGGACUUAAUUAAAACGUAUGGACAAACCAAAAAGCUGGUUAAGACAAAAAAAAAAGCUUUUAUUUUAUUUGGACUUUUGUUCAUUUCACAUCAACUCCUAUUUUAUCCAUGAUUCUGAAUAAUUAGUUUGUAGAGCAGACACUAUCAUCUGUCAAUCAGAUAUUCAUGAGAAUUCUUUUUUGGGGGGGGGUCUCGUUAAGUGUCACAUGUGCAGCUCCCGAUGGUCAAUGUUGAUUUAAUAAAAAUGGUUGGGUGGAUG